AUGUCUCCUCCGAAAUCCUCGUCGGGUAAACCCACAAAACCCCUGAUUCCAGGCGUUUUUGGCCCUCAUCCGCCGUCAAUUCUCUCGGCGGAGAAUAUAGCCGAGAUUAGGGGAUCCACUGGGAUUCCCUCGGAGAUCGAGGUUAGGUUCCCGGAGGUUCACGAGUCUCCGGAGAAUCCUCCCCCGGGGUACUGUUGCGCGUUCGAGAUAUUUUUCUCCGCGUGUGGUCUGUCGUUUCCCCUUCCCGAACUCAUCGUCAAGAUGAUGUUCGAACUGGGCUUUGCUCUCCUCCAGAUGUGCCCGAACUUUGUCCAAACCGUUAUGUGUCUUCAAACUCUGGGGGAAGAGUUUGACUACAAACUAUCCCUGGCCGACUUUCUUCAAGUGUACACGGUGAAGACAGGUCGCACCAAGGGCACGCUCUACGUAAGUCCGCUUUCCGGACUGAAGGUCUUCGACGACCUUCCUGAGAAAGAUGAGAAGUGGCGGAAGUCUUACUUUUUCUUCCUGGUCAACGAGCUCACUUUUGGCCACCUCGCAAAUUCACACAUAUCGAAGUGGACUUCGAAAAUUGACCACUUCGAGCGCGGGUUGCUUUGCCCUACUUUAGUGGAGUUUUUCUCGCGGUUCUGCAGCCAAGGUCAGAUCGCCUGGGACUCAUUUUCGUGUGAAAGGAUUAGAGAAUCCACAACGCGGCUCAGGGGACGUUCUCUCGUUUGCUCCGACCCCAUAAGCACUUCGGAGAUGAAUUAUAGAGAGGAAAGGGCCUCCCAACUCGCCGAGAAGGAUGCGAAGUUGAACAUGGCGGCAGCGCUUGCCGAGGGCAAAGCUCGCCUCCCUAAGAAGUGUGGUCCCUCUUCCUCUGAGGUAGACGGGACUUCAGCACCCCCUGCUGGCCCUUCCGAGCCUCUUACGGGGGCUUCCGGGCUCCUGCCUAGUUCGCCCNUUUCACUAGUGGCCCGGCGAGGUGUUGUUCGAAUUGCCCAAAGAACGCCUUGCAGCUCGUCUGGCCAGCGCCCUUUGCGAGAGUCGAGCCUUCCCCCUGUAUCCCCAGCUGAUCUGAUGAGGAGUUACACUCGGCCAGGAGUUCGGGUUCCGGCGUUUGCAGACAUGUCCGAACUCAACCGUGCGAACUUCUUCCGCUUCGCGGACAUGAUUGGCGAGCUAAUGAUCGAGUUCAACUCCUCGGUAGCGUCUUACGAAGAUCAGCUGUUUGCCUCUCCUUCCUCUUCCGAAGUGAGCCAUCUCCGGGAAAAGAUUGCUGAUCUGGAAGCCCAGGUGAAGGAGUACGCCAGAUUAGAGGCCGAGAACGCUGCUACCGUGGAGAAAGCCGAACAAAUCCGGGCUCGGAUGAAGAGAGCCGAGGCGAGAGACCUCUACUACGAGGCCGCGGAGGAUGCGAAGGCGGCAAGGAGUACGUUGCACGAGGUCGAGCUCCGCAACCAGUUGCUCGAAGCUGGAAAUAGCUGCGAGAUUGAAAGGGUGCGGAGAGACGAAAGGCAGGCAAUGAGACGAACUCUCCGUCCAUUAGUCGAGGAGGUGAAAGUCACUUUCGAAGAGAGGGAGAAACUGGCCCCAGCCAAGAUCCGAGCCGCCGAGAUCAGGGCUAACCGGAUGCUGAUCAAGGAGAUCUCGAGGGGAGAAAUCCAAGACAUGGAAGCUGAGCUCGGGCUCCUGAAAGCCGAGGAGGAGGAGGCCGACAAAAAGGUUUCGAAGCUAAUGAUCGAGUUCAACUCCUCGGUAGCGUCUUACGAAGAUCAGCUGUUUGCCUCUCCUUCCUCUUCCGAAGUGAGCCAUCUCCGGGAAAAGAUUGCUGAUCUGGAAGCCCAGGUGAAGGAGUACGCCAGAUUAGAGGCCGAGAACGCUGCUACCGUGGAGAAAGCCGAACAAAUCCGGGCUCGGAUGAAGAGAGCCGAGGUAUAG